AUGCAGGGCCUCGUGGUUUGCUUCACGGGGGAGCUGGACGGCAUGGACCGGCAGGCGGCCGAGGAGAGGAUCAAGGAGGCGGGCGGCAAGAUCGGUAGCGGCGUGUCCUCCAACACCACGUACCUCGUGGUGGGCGCGCGCCUGGACGACGGCCGGGCGGUGGAGGAGACUUCGAAGUACCGGAAGUACCUCGAGCUUAAGGAGAAGGGGAAGAAGCACCCCCAGCUGCUCAACGAGGAAGGGCUGCUGGAUCUGCUCGGCCAGGCUGGCCUGGCCGCGCCCGCCGCGCCACCGCCGGUGCCGACGGCCCCGGCGGCGGCGGUGGCCGCCGCGGCGGCGGCGCCGCCGCGGGGGGCCAGCGUGCGGGAGCAUUCGAACUGGGUCGACGCGCACGCGCCGCGCAGCCUGGGGGACCUGGUCGGCAACGCCGCGCCGGUGCGCAAGCUGGCCGAGUGGUUGCGCGACUGGGAUCAUGUUGUGCUGAAGGGCAACAAGAAGCAGGUUGCCUUCAGGCCUGGCGGCGGCGCGCCCGACAACGUCAACGCGCGCGCCGCGCUCGUCAGCGGGCCGCCAGGCAUCGGCAAGACCACCACGGCGCGCCUGGUGGCCCAGCUGCAGGGAAAGUACGAGGUGCUCGAGUACAACGCUUCGGACGCGCGCGGCAUGAAGGUGAUACAGGACAUGGCCGAGGGCAUCGCUGACAACACCACGAUCAGCUUCGGCCGUGGUGCAAGCGGCGGCCAGAAGGUCUCUGGAUUCACGAAGCGGGCGUGCAUAAUCAUGGACGAGGUGGACGGCAUGGGCGCAGGUGACCGCGGUGGGAACGCGGCCCUCAUCAAGAUGAUCAAGAAGACGCGCAACCCCAUAAUAUGCAUCUGCAACGACGCGCACAGCCAGAAGAUCCGCAGCCUCGCUUUCAGUUGCUACGAUCUGAAGUUCACCAGGCCGCCGAAGGGGACGAUAGCGCAGCGCUGCGCGGAGAUCGCGAAGCGGGAAGGCCUCAGCGUGGAGCCGAACGCUCUCGAGGCGCUGGCCGAGUCGUGCGGGGGCGACAUGCGCAUGAUCCUGAACCAGCUGCAGGCCCUCGCGAAGUCACCAGCGUACCAGCAGCAGCAGCCGCAGCAGCUGCAACAGCAGACGCAGCAGCAGCAGCAGAAGCAGCAGCAGCAGAAGCAGCAGCAGGAGGAGGACACCGAGGAGAAGGAGGAGCCGCAGCAGAACAGCCUCGCCGAGCCCGGCCUGGCCCGCAGCGCGGGGCCGGCCAGGAGCAGCGAGUCCGCGUCGGAUGUGCAAGCGGAGUUAGCGCGGUUACAGAACACGCUCAAGUAUCAGAAAAAGCGCACAAUGGCGGACUUUCUGUCGCAGUUCCCUGAAGAGCCUGGCGCUGGCGCGGUCUCAGGGGUGAGCCAUUGCUACGUUGCACGUGCCCGUGAUGCUUUUGCGGAGUUGUUGAAAGAGCUGAAUGGGCAGGAGCUCGAGCGUUUGUCGGCAACGAACGUCGGCGGAACACCGUUCUUUAUUCAGCAUAUCCACGAUGAAGCAAGCAUGCGGCUGAGGAGCACGCCAGUUGUUGAAGACGCGAGCUUCGCUCUGCCACGGUCGGCCGCCGUGGGGAGCGCAUUGUUCACGCGGUCCAGAUAUUCUAAGAUACAGAACAGUUGUAUCACAAUCGGCAUGGGUGAACAGCGGUUGGAAUGGCUGUCUGAGAUGCAGGCCUUGGGCCGGAAAGACGGUGACACUCUAGGUUUGGCUUUGAUUGAUGCUGUUCAAGGUAUUAUGAAAAUCCUGGCUGCUCUACCCCAGCGUGCCGUCAGAGUUGUGCAUCUCCUCAUCGGAGACGGAAUCAACACCAACGAGGCGGCGGCCAAACGUCUUUUUGAACAUUACGGCCGCCGUGCAGGCGGCAUUCUUCAAUAUCGUUUGAUAACGUGGCGCUGUGCGAGCCACCAGGCCAAUCUGGUGGUCGAGGUGGCUUUGUGUGGGAAGCUUUUAUCCCGCCCACUUGAGGAAAACGACUUGGCGGCCAACUGCUCGAGAUUUUUUAAGUAUCUCCUUGCAGAACACUGUGACCAAUUCGCGACUGCCUUGCGGCACCACAUCGCAUCAACUCUGCAGUUCGAUCGGUAUGACGAGAAGGCCGCGGCGCCGCCGCCAAGCGAGGCCGUCUUGAACAUGCAACGGCUUUACGGAAAGGAUGUGUUCCCCGACAGUUUGGUUGAUAUUUUCCCUUCUAAUUUGUCCGGGAGUUGUCAUCUGUUCGUGCCCGCGUGUAUCAAGUUCUUUAUAGACACGUGCUCCAAGUGGAGGAACGGCCGGUGA